AUGAGAAUUAGUUUUACGAAAUCGGAAAAAGUCUUUCCACCCGUUACGAUAAAUAACGCCCCCCUUGAAAUUGUCCCACAUGCCAAAAUUCUGGGCCUGAAUGUAUCCGACAACUUAAAAUGGAAUUAUCGUGUUAGCGAACUCGUUAAAAAAUCUUCAAAAAGAUUGUACUUCCUAACUCAGUUAAAGCGCGCCAAAGUGGGUUGUUUGGAAUUGGAACAAUUUUUUAAAUCCUGCAUCAGAUCUUUAAUUGAAUAUGCUUGCCCAGUGUAUCACGAUGGUCUCCCAACGUAUCUUUCGAGUGAUCUCGAAACUAUUCAAAGACGAGCAAUGCGAAUCAUCUACCCCACAGAAUCUUACGAAGAUGCCCUACUAUUAUCAGGUCUAACUUCCCUAUUCCUACGGCGUCAACAGAUUACUAACAAAGUCUUCCUAAAUAUUAUGAACGAUGAUGCACACAAAUUACACGAACUACUGCCUGCUAAAAAGAAUAUCUCGCUUAAUUUACGGAAAAAGUCGAAAUUCAAUAACCCAAGAGUAAAAACGAACCGUUAUAGAAAUAGUUUUAUCAUCAGUAAUUCAAUUAAGGUAUAA